AUGACUGCCACAAUAAUAAAAGAGCACUUAUAUUUCCACGGGAUAGACAAAAGUUAUAAAAUAUGGUAUUGGCAUGGUGAAGAGCUUCAUGUUACUCUGGACCCUCCUAUGAUGAAUGAAGAUCGGAAUUAUAGGCAACUGGAUCGUGAGGAUAAUUUAGAUGAAAUGAUUGACGAUGCAUAUUAUGAAUCAGAAGUAGAUCCCGUUAAGUUUGAAAAUCUUCUUAAUGACGCUGAAAGCCGAUUUACUCUGGUUGCACUAACUUUUCAAUGUUAUUUACUGCCUGAAGAAAACAAGAUGCCUGUAUCAUUUUACGAGGCUAAGAAAACUAUGUGCUCAAUAGGCUUGCAAUAUGAAAAAAUACAUGCUUGUCCUAAUGAUUGCGUAUUAUAUCGGAGUAGCCUUGUAGAUGCGAAUUCGUGUCCUACUUGUGGUGUGUCCAGGUGGAAAAAUAAAAGGAAUUUAGAGGAAGUUAAGGAAGGAGUACCAGCAAAAGUUUUGGGGUAUAUUCCUCCAAUUCCUCGUUUGAUUCGAUUUUAUCGAAAUGUUGAUCAUGCUAAGAAUUUGACUUGGCAUGCAAAUGAGAGAAUAAAGGACGAUAGACUUAGACAUCCUGCUGACUCACCAGUGUGGAAGAUAGUGGAUUUUGAAUGGCCUUCAUUUGCCAAUGAACCUAGAAAUAUUCGUCUAGCUCUUUCUACGGAUGGAAUUAAUCCUCAUACUUCUCUCAGUAGUAAGUAUAGUUGUUGGCCUGUUAUGCUAGUCAUAUAUAAUUUACCGCCAUGGCUUUGUAUGAAAAGGAAGUUUACCUUACUGACCUUGCUGAUAUCUGGACCUAAACAACCUGGUAACAAUAUUGAUGUCUACUUAGCUCCCCUAAUUGAUGACUUGAAAACUUUAUGGAAUGAAGGAGUUAGGGCUUAUGAUGCAUACCGAAAAGAAGAAUUUACCCUUCGAGCGGUGUUGUUAUGGACAAUCAACGACUUCCCCGCUUAUGGAAAUUUAGCUGGUUACAGUGUAAAAGGAUACAAAGCUUGUCCUAUUUGUGAGGAGAAGACUUUCUCUCAAUAUUUGAAACAUUCCCGCAAGGUGUACUAUAUGGGACAUAGCAAAUUCUUGCCCCGGAGACAUUAUUUUAGAACUUGGAAAAAUGCAUUCAAUGGUGAACAAGAGUUUGGUUUGGCUCCAGUUCCUUUGACUGGGAAUCAAGUACUUAAUAAAGUAUCUGUAAUUCAGUUUAAAGUAGGAAAACCUAUUGUUUGUCCAAUUAAGAAGAAGAAGGGUCGUGGAAAGAGUGUUGGCAAGGAUAAGACUGAAGUUAGUUUGACUAGUGCGGAUGAGUCUAUAAGUCCUUGGAAGAAAAAAUCAAUUUUCUUUGAGCUUGAAUAUUGGGAAAAGUUACUUUUGCGACAUAAUUUAGAUGUCAUGCACAUUGAGAAAAAUGUGUGUGAUAGUCUAAUAGGAACUUUGUUAAAUAUUCCAAGUAAAAGUAAGGACGGUAUUAAAGCUCGGAAAAACUUGGCUGCAUUGGGCUUGCGAAAAAACCUACAUCCAAAAGCUAGCCCUAAUAGAACAUUUUUACCGGCAGUUUGUUACACACUCACUAAGGAUGAGAAAAAAGAACUUUGCAAUUGUCUAUACAAUAUUAAAGUUCCAGAAGGGUAUUCUUCAAACAUAAGAACGUUGGUGGAUAUGAAGAAUUUGAAUUUGGUCAGCAUGAAUUCUCAUGAUUGUCAUGUCCUAUUCCAACACAUUCUACCUAUGGCUAUUCGUGAAGAAGCCAUUGAAUUUUGUUCAGAAUACUUGCAUGGUGUGACAAGCGUGCGCGAUCAAUCUACAUUAAAUAAAAGUAAUGGUGGUUAUGGUGGAAAAGGUGGUGUUAUAUGCUCAAUAACUCAAGAUGAAAGACAUGAAGCACGCUGUCUUGUAUUGCAAAACAUUGAUGAGAUUCAACCUUACAUCGAGAAUCAUUUUGUUUGGCUUCGGAAAAAAUAUCCAUCUAAGUCAAAGAACCAAAAAUGGAUCCAAGAUGAACACUAUCGUACGUUUAGUACUUCGUUAGAGAACAAGGUUGCAAUUGAAGUGACCCACACGUUGUGUCAUGUGUCGGACAUAGUUAAGUGGAUUUCUCGUGGUCCUUCUCUGAAUGUGUUUAAGUACCCAUCAUACAUCGUCAACAGUACUCAAUUCAAUACUUUGGAAUGA